AUGGGAACUGAUCAUAGAGUUGAAGUUAAAUCUCUUUCAAGGAAUGCAAGCUUUUCAUCUUCUCCUCGGAACGGAAACCUCAAAAAUUCCGAACUCAUCGAGUCAUCGACGCCCUUAAAUGUUCCGCCGACUAGUUCAAAUGAGCAGUCCUCGGAACAAGCACCGGCAGGGUGCGUACGGAGUCGGAUACCGUCGUCCAUUUUCAGUACUCAACCUGGAACACCAACGGAAUGGAGCAUUGCUUCAAACGAAUCAUUGUUCAGCAUUCAUGUUGGGAAUAACAGCCUCUCCAAGGAGCAAUUUCUUUCGUUGUAUAAAUCCGGAGAGUUAACCAAGUUGGACGAGCAGAUCAUUGCCCAAGGUGGCGCGAUGCCUUCACUGAAAGAGCUAGAAGAGAUGGCGGCUGCGGAGGAAAAUGCAGGAAAGGGUUGUUCUGGAGCCGAAGAAACGCCGAAGACGGUGGUCGGAACAAGUGAAGUUGCAGAGGAUGAUGAUGGUCACAACAAAGAUGGCAAUGACGACAGCAUCUCUGGUCUUUCUGAUGAGAGCACUUUUUCCUUUGCAUUCCCUGUGUUGAAUGGAACCGAAGAUGAAAGGCUGAGCUCGGUAAAUAUCCAUCAAUACAACCAACAAUUAAAGAUACAAUUGUAUCUAGUAAAGCAGCAGCAAGAGAAAGAGCCGGAGCCGGAGCAAUGCAUUGAAGAAAUGAAACCAAAAACUCCACAAAAUGGUAGAAAUCAAAGCUGGUUUUCCUGUUUCCGUUGCUGCAGAUAUCCAUGA